AUAUUUUACAGUAAAGUGGGGUGCUCUGUCGGUGCUCUGUCGGUGCUUGGUGGUGAGAGGCCGUCUUUCAAGAAAGCAGCUGUUCUUUGUUGUGAGGAAGCCAUAAAAACAGGACCGGAUCAUCUGAUAUGAUGCACCAGAUGCGGUGCUGAUGCUCAUCAGUUUGGCCAAUUUAUACAACCAGAUAAACAGUUUCUGAGGAAAAGUAAAGGAUUUCAGUCCUAACAUCACCACUUAUCUUGUGUGUGACAACAUGAGGAUGUUAUUUUUUCUGCUGUUAUGUGGUGUUUCAUCAGCAGAAAAACACUCGCUGACAGUUUUGGUUACUGCCUCUUCUGGACUCCCUCAUUUUCCAGACUUUGUAACCACAACCCAGGUGGAUAAGCUGCCAACAAGUUACUGCGACAGCAACAAAAAUAUUAGAGCAAACCCAAAAUAUGGACAAAAAUUAAUGAACAUUGAGUCACAGAUUGCUGAUUGGUACAUUCAACAGUGUUUUGAAAUAAUGCCUGAUUAUCUCAGGGUUAAGAUGGGAAUAUUAACGGACCUGAACCAAAGUGAAGCUGUUCACAUUUUACAGGUUAUUAUUGGCUGUGAAUGGGAGGAAAAGACAAAAGAAACCACCUCGUUUUUACAGUUUGGAUAUAAUGGAGCAGACUUCAUCAAAUUUGACCCAAAGAAGUUGACAUGGAUUCCUCAAACUCCCCAGGCUGUCAGCAUCAAACCAAAAUGGGAAGCUGAUGAAUCUGCAUACCAUUUGAAACGUAACAAGGACUUCUUAAAUCAAAUAUGCCCUAAUUGGCUGAAGAAAUAUAUGGCCAAUAACGAAGGCCCCCUGCAGAGCACAGUUCUUCCCUCAGUGUUUCUCCUCCAGAAGUCUCCUGACUCUCCAGUCAGCUGCUCCGCUACUGGUUUCUAUCCCAACAAAGCUGUGAUGUUCUGGAGGAAGGAUGGAGAGGAGAUUCAGGACGGUGUGGAUGAAACAGAGAUCCUCUGUAACCAGGAUAACACCUUCCAGAUGAGAGCAGACAUUAAUGUUUCAUCUGUGAACCCUGAAGAUUGGGAAAGAUAUGAGUGUGUGUUUCAUUUGGUGGAUGUCAAUGAUGAUGUUGUCAACAGACUGGAGAAAGAAAAGAUCCAAACCAACUGGGGAAAGACACAGAAACAUAAUGAUGAGGAAAAGCCCAUUGGCAUGAUAGUUGGGAUCACUGCUGCAGUGGUUUUUCUUGUUAUAAUUGUUGCUGCUGUUGGAUUUACAGUCAUCAAAAAUGGGAAAGCUCCCAUCAACAACAUUGAAUUGUCUGAGAGACUCAAUCAAGAAACCAGACUGAAGUCAAAUCUGGACUCUAACAGUUAAAACAAGUUUAGAGCAGAAGAAAAUAUUCUGUUCAGUAAAUUUGAUUGUAUGGAGCAUUUUCAGUUCUUCAUAGCAAGUCUGUAAAGAUGUAUUAAACUCUGCCUAAUUUAAUAAUAACAUUUAUUUUGUAUUGUAAUCAGAUUGUAUUUUGUAUGUAGUUGCAGGAAGUGUUUUUUUCUAUUAAACAAUUUUACAGUUUUU